AUGGCGACAACAUCACCCAAUGUCCUCAUCUCAGGCUUUGGCAUCGCGAGCAGUGUCCUUGCAUCUACACUUCUUCGCGCCUACCCUCAAGCCACCAUCACAAUCAUCGAACGCGACCCUUCCAUGCGACUCACUGGUGCCAGCGUCGACAUCCGCAGCUCCGCCGUCGACAUCAUAAAAUGGAUGAAUCUGGAACAGCAAAUCCGCGCCAAAACCACAAAAGAAGAAGGUGUUGAGUUUGUCGACGAGUCUGGAAAGUCGUUUGCUACUUUGGUGGCUACGGGUAAUGAUCAAGUUCAAACCAUGACUUCGGAAUAUGAGAUUUUCAGGGGUGAUUUGGCGAGGAUAUUCUUUAAGGAUAUUGAGGAUAGAGUGACAGUGGUGUUUAAUGAGAGUGUGGAGAGCUAUGAACAACAAAAGGACAGAGUGGUUGUUCACUUUGCUAAUGGCAAGGCUUCGCAAUCUUAUGAUUUGCUGGUUGCGGCCGAUGGAUUGGGAUCGAGGAUUAGAGGUAUGAUGUUGGGUACCUCGCCUCAGCAACACAUCCAUGACGAAGGCGUCUAUGCUUCCUUCUUCGUCAUUGAAAAAGACUUGCUCAAUGGCUCCAAAUUGGCGAAAUGGUACAACACCACCGGCGGCCGCGCCAUCUUCCUUCGCCCAGAUCCAGACCCUAGAGGCCGCACCAGAGGCCACUUUAUGAACUCGGCAUGGCCCUCUGACGUCUCCUCCCGCAACAAAAUCAACACUGCACUAAGAGAAGGCAGAGAAAGUUACACACAACUCGUCGAAGAAACCUUUGCAGACGUCGGUUUUCACCAAACCCACGAGAUUCUCGCCGCCAUGCGCUCAACACCAGACUUCUACUGCUCGAAGUUCGCUCAAGUGCGCGCCCCUCGCAUCCAAGAUGGCCGCGUGGUCCUCCUCGGUGACGCAGGAUACGCUACCCCUGGCAUCGGUACCUCGCUCGCCAUCAUGGGCGCCCACAUCCUCGCCGGCGAAUUGCUUUCCCACAACCUCGAUGUGCCAGCAGCGGCAAAAGCUUAUGAAAAUCUCAUGUUGCCGUUUGCGCAUGCACAACAGAGCAGUAUUGGCGAUUAUGCGAUGCAGGUGUUGAAUCCGCAGAGUGCUUGGGGGUUGUGGGUGAGGAAUAUGGUGUUGUGGGCUGUUACUGCGGCGAGGAUUGAUAGGGUUGCUGUGUGGAUUGCUGGGAAGCUUGGGGUGGCAGAACCGAAGAUCAAGAUGCCUGUUUAUCCUUGGCCUGAGGUGAAGGCUUGA